AGCAUUUGCACCAUUGGGCACCACAUCACAACUUCUAGACAGAUUAGAUAGGGAGAUAUGAAUAGGAAGCAUGGAAUGGGGCUUUUGAAGCUGUCUCUCCCAAUACAGGGGAUGCUUACGGGUCUUAGGUAGAAAUCCGGUUUGAAGCUGUGUCUCGUGCUCAUCAAUGCAGAUCUCAAUCAGCUGCGUGUGAAGGUGGUGCAAGGUUUGCAGACGGGGGAGCUGUGAAGAAGUACUCCAUCAGUUGGCAAAGCUGGCGCCUCAAGUAGCACUCCAGCAAUGGCUUUGUGUUCAGCGAGCAGGUAUCCAGUUCUCUGUACGUUAGGAGGGUCCAGGCUUUCAUUGAGGGACACGAAGACUGCUGCUUUCUGUAAGCAAGGAUUGGUGACGUAUUCAGAGCUUCAAGCUGGGGAAAGGUGCUUGCAGAGCAGACCAAAAGCCUGUCUGUGUGUCAGUGACUCCAAGAGUCCAGCAGUCUGGGCUUUUAGCCUGCUGCCCUUGAAAGUCCGGCACAGGAGGAAACGCCUCUGUAGCGGAGUGUGCGCGUCGGUUCCAGCACGUGAUCAGAGGGUGCGGCGUUCAGCGCUUGCUGGUAAAAGUGCCGUCUGCUCAAAGGGGCCAUUGGUCAAGGGUUUCGGGGAAGGGGUGUUUCGAACCAGGGGCCAGUCAAGAGGAUCGACGGCGCCGGAGGCUGCUUCAGAUGACCGGGGGUUUUAUGGGGAAGCCAGUGCCUCGGAUAAGGAGAGGAUUGAAAGCGGAAGGGCCGCCACAACCAGCGGGAGCAAUCCAAGCCAAACAAGGGGUCAAAAUCAGCAGCUGACAGACCCCCCGGAAGCUGCCGAACCAGCCGCCUCUUCAAACAGGGUCGGGCAGAAGGAGAGGGGCGAAGUGGGUCCGAAGAAGCCGCUGCUAAAGAAGAAGGGGCGAGAGGUGCUGAAAAAGCUGAUAGGGGUCCAGGCUGCCUGGCUGAGCGCCCCCCUGCUCGCGCUGGCACAAAAGACGAAAAAGACGGAGGCGAAGAGAAGAGGCGCUGAUGCGCCCAAGAGAAAACCGCGUUCGAAAAGGACGGCGGGCCUGGCUGAGGGGGAUGCUCAGGGCCUGGGGAGAGGCGAGACUGGGGUUGAAAGGGAGGAGACUGUUACGGAAGGAGGGGGGGGUCAGAAGUUGGCGGGAGAAUCUUUGGGGAAGGUGGCAGCUCAUGGAGGGUCAGAAGUGCCUGCGGGCGAACUCCCUGGCAUGCAGAAUGGAAAGGCCGGGGUUAGCCUAUCAAAGCAGAUUUCUCAAGAAGGUCGGACGUCAUUGACAACGGCUGCGGAAGAAGUUCCAGCGAACGGCGCUAAUAGCAAGAACGGGGCAGUAUAUUUGAACGGGUCUGCUGGAGAGGUUGACAUGGAGACCUUGGCAGAACAGGAUCUGGAUCCCGCCAGACAGAGCAGGGGGGUACAGGAAAUGGAAGAUGAGGGGGCCAGUGGGAGGGGAGACCGAAAGCAAACGGGCAAAGAGAACGGGGCCCAGAAUAGGCAAACUGCUUGGGGGUCUGACACAAGCGGGUUGGAGGAGAGGUCGGAGGAAAGUCGAAAUGUGGUACCGUUUCUGGCAGGGGCGCCUGAGCAGGAAGUCGCGGGAGAGGCUGCCAAGCAGAUUGGGCCAGCGGGUUGGAACGGGUUCGCCAGGACUUUCAAAAGGGACGCUCCGCUAGAGGGGGUGGCUGGGCAGGAAGGUUCGCGCGAGGCUGUGAGCGCAAAUGGUUUCGCUCGAGACAAGGCUGUGCAAAGAGUGGUUGAGUCUCAUGACAGGUCUCAGAAAGACGGGGAGAGACGGGGGCUUGUGCCGAGCGGUUUGCGGGCCGAGCCGAAGAACGGAGUUUCGAAAACGAACGGGUUCGGGCGGGAGGACUUUCUUCUUCGGCUGGAGCGUGUGCAGAAGGGCCUCGGAGCAAAAGCCGAGGUUCUAGCGAACGAGGCGGGAGUUGCUGCAGCGGCCGAUCGUUUGCGAACGGGUGAGAAUGGACAAUCGUCGGAAGGGGUGGAGAAAGUACUGCUAAGCCUGGGCGUGUUGAAUGACCCGCUACCCACUCCGGCAGAGGGGAGCCGCGUCGGGAGGGCGGGGAAUUGGAGGAGUAGAAGAGCGCUCAAAGGGGUGGGCACCCGGAGCACCUCGGCAGCGGCCGCGGCGCGAGCGGAGCAGUUUGGGGGGCUGGAAAUGACUGGGGACGGGACCCCCCGGGACGGGGAAGACGCGGCGGGGGGAGCCGUGGACUGGGGGGAUGGCCCCCUGAAACGGGAUGCGAACACGGCCGUGGCGCAGAUGGUGGCGUCGAGCAAGCGCUUCCAGAGGCUGAGGCAGUUGGCCCAGGCUUCGGUUAAGGGGGAAGGGUUUCCAGAAGCCGUUUCGGAGCGUGUAGGUCUUGGGACGAGAAUCCGGGACGGGAAGAGUCAAAGCGGAGUCGGGGAUGGGUUGCGGGAGGCGUUCGCUGCCGUCGAGAGGGUGGUUCAAAACGGAACUGCCAAAGCUGAGGGCAGAGGGGAAGGGAGGGUUUCGGGAGAGGGUUUGCGACAGGGGCUGGCAGAGAAAGAGGGAGGUUUACAGUUUGAGAGCAGAAGGGCAGCGUCAAACGUGUUGAGAGACGGGUUGGCUGCAAAUGGGCGGAUGCCACAGAGAGGAGCGGUGGAGACGGGGGUGAGAACGAUUCCAGGGGGAAACGGAGGAGAAAUUGCAACUGGAGUGGAGCACUCGGUUCCAGCGGCGCUGGACGGAGUCCGGAAUGGGGCGCCAGAGGGAGCGUUCCGUGCACGCGAGCCGCCUGCUGGCAGAGCGGAUCGAAACGGGCUUGCUGAAAGAGAAGGGCUGAUGGCAUCGACUGAUGGACAUGCGACACCUGGCGCGCUCACGGCAGGCGAGAAGGCGGUGCAGAACGGAGCGUUGGAAGGACGGGGGGUGUCGGAGGAGGGAAAAAGUGUUCCGGUGGUGGAGGGAAGUGAGUCGGUGGAAGAGGGAAGCGUUCCGGUGUUGAACGGAGCAGUUCUGGAGGGGAGCGAAACAGAGGCGGUUGCAUCGAAUGGAAAGGCAGCGAGGCUGGCAGCAGCUUCGAACGGACACGCAAGCUCCGUUCCGGAUGCAGCGCUCUACGCUGAGCGAAGCGAGAACGGUGCUGCAAGGAGAAACGGCAGUUUAAACGGGGCGGCUGCGCGGGAUGCGGCCGAAUCGGAGCGGCAUGCGUUUACCUCUCUCCAAUUGAAAGACGGGUUCAGGAACACUAACGGGCCUACGGCGAAGGAUCAGUUGGAGAAUCCGGUUCAAAGCCCCAGGGACGGCUUGCACGAAAGCGCGAACGGCAUGGUUUUGGUAGGCGUACGUAACGGGGCAGCGUUGUUGGAAACAGGGUCCUCUGUCCGGGCAGAAGGCCGGCUGAAUGACGGAGUCGAUUCUACCAACGGCGUGGCUCUUAAGAGCGCGCCUGUCCUGGUUGCCGUGUCGAGGGUUGCAGAGGACGGGACUUCUGCGGGGGCCGGACAGAGAGUGACUGUUUCUGGGGUGCCGUUAAAUGCUGUUGUCUUGAGGGGGGCAGGGGAUGGGGCGGGCGAUGGUUCAAAUGAGGGAGGGUCAGUUGCAGUGCCCAUCAAGUCGCUCCCACCCCCCCUCCCGAUCAAGAAACGGAAGAGCGCUGAGAAGAUGAUCGAGCGGAGUAAACGGCCCGGGGGACCUUCUACCGGUCGCUCGGACGGCAGCCCAGAACAGACCGGUAGACGGAGUUCGGUGCCCGGGGGUCCCGAAGACGCCCCGGUGCUCGUGACCGCCAGUCGGAAGAUCGGGGAAGAAGCGCAGGCGAUCGAAGAGAUACCGGUGGUACGGGAGCAGCCGAAAACGUACACAUUGGAAGAGGACGAGAAGCUGUUUGAGGCGCUCGGGGUACGGCUUACCGGGCAAGAGAUGUCGCGGAUCGCGGAGUGGUUGAAGUCGCAGGAAGUCCCGGAGCUGAAGCUGGCGAGGCCGCGGGACCGCACCGGGCGGUACUUUCUGAUGCCGGUGAUCAAAGCCGUGGAGAAGCAUCUACGGGAGCACGGGAGGCUGCGGUCGGAGAACGACGUCGCUACGAACGCGCCCACGGUGCUGGCAGAGACGGCGGGGGGAAAAUUCCCACCAGGAGCGGCGGCAGGUCCGGCCGGUGGUGAGAAUGGGGACGAGUUUUUCCAGGCGAUGAGCGAGGAGCUGUCGGCGGACGUCGUGUUGCGAACCCAGGAGUUGCUGGCGAAUCAAGACCCGGCGGGGGGGUCGGAAACCGUGGGAAGCGGCACCCCCACGGAGAAAAAGGCCGAGUUUUCGGACUUUUUUGAGGACGACUCGGACAGCGACGUCGAGACGUUAUUCCAAAGGGCGGGGCUGACUACUGACGGCCGGCGGCAGCGGCGGUUGGAGAGCCUGGAAAAAGCGGUGAUUGCCGAGUAUCUCAUGGGGUUGAAUAAGCAGGGGGCCGACCCCCCCAGAAAGGAGGACUGGCCGUGCGCGCCCGACGGGGAGCGCUACUCCCGGGAGACCCUGCGGGGGGUCUGGCGCGAGGCCGACGAAAUGGGGGGGCUGCCAGCGUAUCUAAAACUGUGUCAAGAAGAAGAAGCGAUCGAACGGUUGUUGGUGGAGAGCCUAAGCAGGGGGCGGCCUUUGAAGGGCGAGGAUUGGCGGGAGUUGACCGCGGAAGAAACGAGGGCCGUCGAUGGGAUGCAUCCGGGGGAAAGAGCGUCGGCGCUGGAGUUCAUGCUAGGGCUUCUCCGGGGGGGGGAGCGGCUAGACUGGAAGAAGCAUAGGGACGUGUGGCCCCGGAAAGUGCGCACGGCGCAUCUGAUCAAGGCGCGGCUGCUGCUGGCGCUGGUCAAGGUGGCGCGGCGGCGGGGGGGGCUGGAGGCGUAUCUGGAGGAGUCCAGGAGGGAGCUGGAGAGACGCUCGGAUUCUCCUGGCGGACUGCUCGCUUCGACCUCAGAGCCGUACGAUGACUUGCUUGAGUCCGAUGCGGACAGCGAUCUGGACGACGAUUCCGAAGAAUCUUCGGAGUUCGCUUCAGCACGGGCGGGCCGCUUCGCGACGGGGGGUUGGAAAGAGGCGAAAAUAGACCCCGCUGUGAGCGCAUCUGCGACGGGAGUAGGUUGGAGAGCGGCGAGCUUUGCGAGGGGGGCGAACUCCGAGGCGAACGGCUCCCCCUCCGGCGGAGCGCAGGGGAGUGCAAGGCAGUACGAUCAGAGCGGGGGGCUAGGAAGGACUCUGGCUGACAGUCUGGGCACCCCCACCCGCCUCUUUAACCAAACUCCUCAACCCGUCGACCGGCCAUCGCCCGUCGAUCCGGACCCCUCCAAAAUCCCGCGAGGAUUUCCCGUGCGCCGCCCAAAGGAGCCCGUUCCCCGCGACCCGGGAAGCGGUUUCGCCACCUGGCGCGUGCCGAGCUCGGACCCCCCCCGUCAGUUCAGCCCGUCUCGGACCUCCCCGCCAAGUCCGGCGAACUCUAGAAGAGGCGGAAUGAUACGGUCUGCUGCCGACAGCAGUGCUCUGUCCCGGCUGGCUGACGGCGCGUUGUUUCCGGGGGGUGAUCCUUCGCAGCAAAGCGACCCCCCGGUUUUGGAAAGCGCGCCGACGCGGCGUUGGCUCGGGCUUUAUGACGCGAGACAAGCGGCCGUAGAACCGGAAGGCCCUGUUUCCUCUACAGUUGACACUUUUCCCGCCCACGAGCGGGAGACCGCAAGCAACGCCCCCCAGAACGGGGCCUCGCGCGAGCUCUCCCCGAUCGAGCGCCGCCGCCGUCGGCGGCUCCUGGGGAUCAAGGUGCAGCGGAACGAGAACGCCGGCAUGACGGACGAUGACGUCAGCGGGCAGGGGGGCGAUGACGUCACCGGGGGUGGGGUUUUCGAGGUGGUGGGCCGGCAGCCCCGGUCGAUGCGCGAGGUCCUGAGCGGGUAUGCGCAGGAGACGGUGUUGAUGCGGGCGGAGGAAUUGGCGCAGCCUGUGCUGGUGGAAGAUAAUAUGAGGGCCGGGGACGAGGAAGGACUGCUGGAGCGGCUUGUGACGGGGCACAAGUCGGAGAUGGAAGAGUUCAAAGACACCUCUAAGCAGUACAUGCGGACGUGGCAGGACUUCCAGACGUGGAGCGACUUCUUCCAAGUCAAGAACAAAAGAAUGCCCACGGUAACGGACGUCGAGUCUACGUGUAUCCCAUGGCUGAUUGAGAAGGCAAAGGCGUAUGUGGUCCUUCGAAAACACAUGAUCAAGCUCGCUGAAGGCAACGAGAAGCUGCUCAUUGCCAUGGCCGCCAUCCAAGCGGAGCUGAACAAAAGGAGCACGGCGUCGAUAGCCAUCGAAAAAAGUGCCGAAUACCAGCGGCAGACUAAACCGGCGUCGAAGAGACCAGUCAAGCGCAGGGGGAGGGGUAGGAAGGAGCUUACGGACCCUGUUGCAGGCCCGAUAAUUGAGGCGUUUGACAAUGGGAACGCUUUCUAGGGCAAUUGUGGGGGUUUUGUUGGAUUCCUUGCUCAAUGUUUUGUAGACGCUCUUUGACAUGCCUUGCAAGCCCGGUAUGAGAUUGCCUCGAAUUAAUAGUAGUGCGCAUCGCAAUCUCUGAGGUUGGUUUGCAGCAUUGGAGUCUCGGUAAUCUCAUUCAUCUAUCCACCAAUGAUGGCUUUAGCCAUUUAACGAGGACAGUUGUGAUCGGCACAGCAUGACUGAGUCUUAGUAAUGGUACCGGAU